AUGUCGAAGCGAGGGCGUGGAGGAUCGGCGGGCAACAAGUUCCGAAUGUCGCUGGGUCUGCCGGUGGCGGCGACGGUGAACUGUGCCGAUAACACGGGGGCGAAGAACCUCUACAUCAUAUCGGUGAAGGGGAUCAAGGGCCGAUUGAACCGUUUGCCCUCGGCUUGUGUUGGUGAUAUGGUGAUGGCCACAGUGAAGAAAGGCAAGCCGGAUCUGAGAAAGAAGGUCAUGCCCGCUGUCAUUGUCCGACAGCGUAAGCCCUGGCGCCGAAAGGAUGGUGUCUUCAUGUACUUUGAAGGUCAUUCUCGUUCUCAUGAUGGUUUAUAUCAUUGUGUCAUUGUUUUUGUUAUUAGUAUCAAAAUUCUGAGCUUAAUUGGGUAUUAAAUUUAUUUGGGUUGCUUUGAUUUUGAUGCUUAGAUGGGUAUUCUCGAUGCAUUAUUUACGGUUUCUGUCAGUAGGAUGAUUGUUAGUGUUGUGACAAGGCUUUAUUGAGAUAAAUUCAGUAUGAUGGGUGGUAAUUGAGGGUGCUAGCCCACAGUCUUGUCUUGUGGCCAUUAUUCAUUGAUGAAAUGUUGAUAGUCAACUUUUGUCAAUCCCUUAAUGUCAUCAUCAAGAUAUGAUCAUUUUUU